GUGCUUUCAAUAUCUACCUUCACAUCUUACCAUAUUAAGCUGUUAAUUAACCACAUAUAUACUUGAAAAUCCUCUUCAUCUUCUUCAUCUAUACAUGACAAGGGUUGGGGUUCUCCAAGCUAGGAUCUUUACUGUGAGGGGAUGCAGCAACUUCAGUAGCAGAGCACAAAAACCUGAAAAGACAAUGAUCAAGAGUGAUGGUGGCGGUGGUGAUAAUAACAAGACAAACAAGACGUCGUCGUUAUGGGUUCCACAUCCGCGUACAGGGAUAUAUUUUCCCCAAGGACAUGAGUGGGUGAUGGAUGAUGUGCCUUUGGGCGCAGCGUCAUUCGGUCACAAUUAUUAUUGGCUUAGGAACGUUGAUGGUGUUGAAAAACCUGAUGCUGAUGAUCAAUAUUCCCCUACAUAAAUAAUUCCAUAACCACUAAUACACUUACGGAUCGAUAUUAUGUAUUAGCAGUAAUGGAGACUUAUCAUCAUCAUCAUCCGAUCCUUUAUAUUUGAAUAUAUAAUAAUAACACCCGAGUCACUAGUUAGAAUGGUAAAGAUGAUAUGUAUCACCUCGUUUAUCAGUGUUUUAAUCCCUCUCCCCCGUCU